CUAAUCUCCUUGGAUCUUUAAAACCCCAUUUACAGAGGAUGCUGUUACAACAACACACUUAUUUGUUUUAGUUUUAUGUGCUUCACUGUUUGCUCUUUCUGGCACACCAAUUCAUUUUCCAGCAGAGACCAUUGUGAGAUCGUAGGCUGGGAGGAUGACAGCUCAAUUGUAUUGCCUGUUUGGUUCUGUUUUAUUGUGUCUGUUUGGAAGCUUGAACAUAACCGAUGCUACUCUAGAUUUGAGCCAUAUUGCCAAGCUGGUGAAGCUGACGGACUUGCUGUCCCAUCAAAGAUGUUCUUCUGAUCGUCGUGUUUCCAUGAAACCAGGUCAAUGUCCUGACCCAAAGAACAUUCCACUGUCUGCUAAAAACUGUGUCCAUGAUGGCCAGUGUCCUGGCACACAGAAAUGUUGCCCAACCACCAGUGGCCAUGGAUGCAGUGAACCAAGCGGCCAGGGAAGCUGUCAGAGUGCGGGCCAGGGAAGUGGCCAGGGCGCCGGCCAAGGUCAGGGAAGCGGACAGGGUGCUGGUCUGGGAAGCGGACAGGGUGCCGGUCAGGGUCAGGGAAGCGGCCAGGGUCAGGGAAGCGGCCAGGGAAGCGGCCAGGGCGCCGGCCAGGGAAGCGGCCAGGGCGCCGGCCAGGGAAGCGGCCAGGGCGCCGGCCAGGGAAGCGGCCAGGGCGCCGGCCAGGGAAGCGGCCAGGGCGCCGGCCAGGGCGCCGGCCAGGGCGCCGGCCAGGGUCAGGGAAGCGGCCAGGGUGCCGGCCAAGGUCAGGGAAGCGGCCAGGGCGCCGGCCAGGGAAGCGGCCAGGGCGCCGGACAGGGUAAGGGAAGCGGCCAGGGCGUCGGACAGGGUAAGGGCAGCGGACAGGGUGCCGGCCAGGGAAGCGGCCAGGGCCAGGGAAGCGGCCAGGGCGCCGGACAGGGUAAGGGAAGCGGCCAGGGCGCCGGACAGGGUAAGGGCAGCGGACAGGGCAGCGGACAGGGUGCCGGACAGGGCAGCGGACAGGGCAGCGGACAGGGUAAGGGAAGCGGACAGGGAAGCGGACAGGGUGCCGGCCAAGGUCAGGGAAGCGGACAGGGUGCCGGUCAGGGUCAGGGAAGCGGCCAGGGCGCCGGCCAGGGAAGCGGCCAGGGCGGAUCUGGUAGUGGACAGGGAGUUGGUCAGGGAAGCGGCUAUGGCCAGGGAACUGGUAGUGGACAGGGAGUUGGUCAGGGAAGCGGCUAUGGCCAGGGAACUGGUAGUGGACAGGGAGUUGGUCAGGGAAGCGGCUACGGUCAGGGAAGCGGCUAUGGCCAGGGAUCUGGUAGUGGACAGGGAGUUGGUCAGGGAAGCGGCUAUGGCCAGGGAACUGGUAGUGGCCAGGGAGCUGGUCAGGGAAGUGGCUACGGUCAGGGAAGCGGCUACGGCCAGGGAUCUGGUAGUGGACAGGGAGUUGGUCAGGGAAUUCUGGCAUCAGUGCUUUGUGUAAGUUCCUCUCCAUGA